AUGGAAAAUUCAUUGUCGCUGAUAUCCGCCCAGGUCCAGUUUAUGGAGGACCGACUGGCCCUGGUGCAUAUCCCAUUAGAUCUAUACCCGUUCUUCUUGGACCCCAUUCUACAGGUGCUGUUCCAUGAGGUCGCUCCGAUUAGCGAGACUCGGCCUGAGUCUCGUGGUUGUGACAGCCCCAUUGAGUUCUCUCGCGAUGUGCAGCCCGCCUUUCUGAACCUCUCAAUUACGCCGGUUGAAUGCUCAAUCAUGUGUCCUCGACAGCUCGCUGACGAGUAUUUUGCUCCUCUGCUUGAGCGGUUCCUCCAAGUCAGUACAUCUACUCAGAGUCGCCUCUCGAUCAGUAAGGACGAUUUCAUCGCCAUGCAAGUGUACGGGGAAGGACUGGAGGCCGGCCAGCGGGUUCUUGAAUUGACAACGCCGUUAGCCAUGGCAGGAAUCUCGAUCUUCUUCAUAUCUACUUAUUUUGCCGACUACAUUAUCGUCCCAUUUAAAAGCAAAGCUCAAGUUAUCGAAGCCUUGGAAAACCGGGGGUUCAAGUUUGAAAUUUCCACCGAGGCCUUCAUUAACAACAACCAGCCAUCGGCCAAUGGUCCGUUUAGCCCUAUCUCAUCACACUCCGCUAGUUCCUUGAGUUCACCACCGGCAACACCUCCACCGUCUUCUCUUAAUGAGCUACAGAAACGUACCUUCUCGUCUCUACGUCGUAACAAUAUCACCCCUUUCGUCGACAGGUCUCUUCGUUUGGUGCAAUGUGCAGCUCAUCACCAGUUUACAAACAAGGAUAGCUCUAUCGCCAUCCUGCGUGAUGCCCUCACAACGGCACUAGUUGUUGAUAAGCCUCGAUUUCUUUCACUCACCCUAACCGCCGCAGACCCUGCCGCUUCUCUUCUCCUUGAACAGCGUCUUCUCCCUCGCUUCUCAAAUGAGCCAGCCUCCCCCACCGACGAGGACAACGACUCUAGUCUGUUGCUGGGUUCAAAAGAGGAUAUCCUCUUCCCGAUUAUGUUAGAUCUCCGCAGCCUUCCUCUAGAGGCCACCGGUAUUGUCUGCGGCGUUGCGAGUCGACUUGCUGAUGCCACACAUGACCGUACCGAAGAUAGCCUAACAAAAUCCGCUACGCCUUUUGUCGACAACCUCGACUAUGAAUCGCCAAACCCCCAAUACGUUGACAUAACGAUACCAAAUGGGACCGGAACGGCAUCAAACUCUUUCAGAAGUCAGAGCCCAAGCCAAAAAGCUAAUGGCGUUAACCCGCCUACCCAUCGUCUCAUACCAGAUUUGGAUACAUCUUUCGACGCCGUUGAAAUCAGCUUCCUUAGCACAGCACGUGCAGGAACAAUCAUCGUCGGCGAGCAGGAACUCAACCACGCCAUGGACGCCUUGGAGGCCGAAAGCCAUGAGCCUGAAAAAAGGAUUGAAGCAUUGGAAAUAUGA